ACGGCUUUCUCGUCCACUUCGGAGUAGAGCAUAUCUUCCAGUGGAUCGGGGACGCCCGCCAUCUUUGAGAGACGCUUGAGAUGUGCGCACUGCGCGUGCGUUGUUUUGCAGCAGAGGCAUUACAGCUAGAAACAUGGCCACAGCACAGUCAACGCUGAUGUUCGCAGUGUGCAUCCUAAUGAUAGCAGAAUUUAUACUGGCCAGAAAAGACUACUACGAUAUUCUCGGCGUCCCAAAAGAUGCUUCUGAACGUCAGAUCAAAAAAGCAUUUCACAAGCUUGCCAUGAAAUAUCAUCCAGACAAAAACAAGAGCCCGGAUGCGGAAACAAAUUUUCGGGAGAUUGCAGAGGCAUAUGAAACCCUAUCCGACGAGAUGAGAAGACGAGAGUAUGACCAGUUAGGAAACAGUCCAUUUGCAAGUGAAGACAUGGGUGGAGAAAGAGGCGGGCAACAUCACUCCUUUGAUUUCAACUUCGAUGACAUGUUCAAAGACUUUGAUAUCUACAGCCAAAAUAGGCACGCUCGUCCGAAACGUCAUUAUGACGAACAAUUCAGAGCCCACCAGCAAGCACACAACCGCCAUAAGAGACAUGUUCAGGGUGCUUUUGGCGCUGGUGUCUUCGAAGGCAUGUUUGACGAUAUGGAGAAGAUGUUUACAUUUGACAGGCACGUCAAAAGGACAGAAAGCAGGUUUCAGGGAACGGCCAAACAGCACUGCAGAACUGUAACCCAGAGGAGGGGAAACAUGGUGACCACUUACACUGACUGCACCUCAUCUUGAAUAUCAGAGCGAAGCACGGCUCAGAGGAUUAUGCUACUUUAUUUUUUUUGUCUAAUAAGACUGAUUUAUUUGUUUGCUGCUGUGAAGAGUGAGAUGCGAUUUUAUCUGUGACUGUGAGUGAUUUAUUUCUGAGUAGGAUGAGUAGUUUGGAGUUUUCAGUUUGAUUGACACUAUGUUAAAUAAUAGAGCCUCUUAAACAAGUAAAAAAUCUACAUAUUAAUCUUCUUUGAGAUUAAUUUCUUCAGGGGAAAUUGUGACCCCCCUUAUAUUAGUGUGCAUAUAUAUUUAAAUUGCACUUCCUUAACAUUUAUAACAAGUGACUUUACUCACAAAAUUCAUUGCUUUUAUAAUUGUUUAAAAAAUCCUGACCCAUAUCAUCACAGAGACCAUAUGUAUCUGCCAUUACUUAAUUUUUUAUCUUGCUUUUUUUCGUUUUGGUGCUAAAUCAUCAAAAUAUGGACUCAUGAGCUUCAUAUUUUCACAAAAAUCUAGUCUCUUAUUUUUAUCUGAAGCUAAAAAAUGUUUGCAGAAAUGUUGUGAAUAAUAGAGUUAAUUAUUCUUAAUUGUUUCUCAAAUUAUCACUCGUUUGUUAGAAAGUGUGCCUUUCCCACUCAUUGAUUCAAUUGGAAUGUAAACAAAUUGGAGCACUUUUUUUACCUUGUGUGUAUUACAGUUUGCAUGGCUGAAAAAAAACUGAGCUUAGUUUUUCAUCUGUUGUCCAGUAGGGUUUGUAAACAGCUUUCUUUUAGGAAAGCAAAACAAGUCUUGACAGGCCAAUGUGUAUAACAUCUAUACAUUUUUGUUACAAAGGAUUUGCGUGAAGAUGUAACUCCUGCGGAACAUGGACGACUUGAAUUUCUUUUUUUAUGUAAAUAUUACGUAUUACUCAGCUUUGAUCUUGUAGACAUCACCUGUGUUGAAUGUUCUUGUCUUAAAUAAUCUUGUGUGCAAUAUUUAAAGGCAGCUGUCCUGUUGGCAUAAAUGUUAACGCUGUCAUAGUUAUGAGUCUCAAUUGACAUCCGGCACUUUCUCUAUUUCAAUCCUAUGGAUGAAAACAAAAUAGCAUUUGUGCCCAGAUGUUUAAUAUAAUGUAUUUGGGUAGACAAUAAAAAGUGUUAAAAACUG